CGACCUAACAUAACAACAACCCAUUUUUCCAUUCCAGUUUUUAUCACUUGUAGUUGUCGUCGAUUUAUAUAAUCCCCUCAUUUUCUCUCUCCUAAACCUUUGCUCAGACUUAUCCGAUCUAGGGUUCGUAGUUUUUUGUUCCCUCUUUUAUCGGAUCAGGUCUGAGCAAUUUGUCGUUGUAUCACUUUUCCGGUCCGCAGAUCAUUAUCUACAAGCCUAGUUUUCAUGUCGGAUAUCGACGUCCAGAUUCCUGCUGCGUAUGAUCCUUUUGCUGAUGCAAAUGCUGAGAACUCUGGUGCUGGAUCAAAAGAUUAUGUGCACAUCCGUGUACAACAAAGGAAUGGUAGAAAGAGCCUGACAACAGUGCAAGGAUUGAAGAAAGAAUUUAGCUAUAACAAGAUUCUAAAGGACCUCAAGAAGGAGUUUUGCUGUAAUGGUACUGUGGUUCAGGACCCAGAACUAGGUCAGGUGAUUCAACUGCAAGGUGAUCAGCGGAAAAAUGUGUCAACCUUCCUGGUUCAGGCUGGCAUUGUGAAGAAGGAACACAUCAAGAUACAUGGUUUCUGAGUUACAGCGUCCUACAUCUGUACUUGUGCCUGUUCUGUGUCACAGUUCUAUGGUAGCAAAGUUGUGGACUCCUUUUUUUAAAUAACUCUGGUGUCUAGCAUAUAUGUGUAGUGUUUUAUAAUAACUCUGGUGGUUAGCAAAUAUAUGUGUGUAGUGCUUUAGUCGCUGUGUGAUGCAGAGCAGCACAUGGAAUGUGAGACGGAUAUUAAUGUCUUUGACAAUAAUCGUCGAUAUCAUGAUAUAAUGAUGAAAGCCUUGCUGUUUUUAGUGUU